CAGCGCACAGGAAGAAAUUGUGGUAAAAAGCGUCUACGUGUACCCAAAAUACAGAUUCCAACCCCAUUGGGGAUCGCUGCUCCAUCGAUCACCGAGGAAAGACGCAGCAACCGUUUCUCAAGGCAGGAGACAAUGGAAUCGCUGCGUCAACUGCUGAACGCUGCCGAGCACGGCCAUUCGGGUAACGUGAGCGCGUGUCUCGACCAGGCGACGGGUGUUCAUGUCGACUCGAGCGACGGAGAGGGUCUGACGCCUCUCAUCGUGGCGGCAGCGGCCGGCCACGAGCACGUCGUGCGACUUCUACUCAAGCGAAACGCGUCGGUCGACCAGCAGAGUCUCUACGGAUGGACGGCUCUGAUGCAGUCGGCGUUCUACGGUCAUCUGCCUAUUGUUGGACUGCUCGUUCAGAACAGAGCGAAUCCGAAUUUGAGGAACGUGUUUGGUGCGUCUGCUCUCUCUGCGGCGUGUAGGAACGGUCACGUGGCUAUUGCGACUCUUUUGCUCGAUGCCGGAGCCGACGUGAACGAGUAUUCGAGCCACAACGCGGAUACAGCCACUCCGCUGAUGCUCGCCGCGCAGCAGGGUCACGACGAUUUGGUGAGGCUUUUGCUCGAGCGAGGAGCGAGCGUGAAUGUGGCCAUGACUGGAACCGGAUGGACGGCUCUGAUGUUGGCCGCGCUGAUGAAUGAUCUUGUGGUGUGUCAGACACUCAUCGAUGUUGGAGGGGCCGACACCGAGAUGGUCACUUGUGUGAAGCUCACCGCGUUGGAUAUUGCUGUGUCACAGGGAAAUGGAGAGGUGGAGCGCUAUUUGGAGACCAGGACUCUUGCAAAACGGAAACAACCAGUGAGAGCAGUCCACAUUGAUAUAUUUGAGGCCAGUAAAGGGGGUCACGUGAAACGAAUGAGAGAGAUACUCGGUGCCGAUCCGGAUCAGGCGAAUCUUGUGGACGAUGACGGAGCCACGCCCUUGAUGUUCUCAGCGAUGAAAGGUCACGUGGAGAUCACAGAGAUGUUGAUUGAAGCUGGAGCCAACAUCAACGCUCAAGAUGCUAUCAGUGGUUGGACUGCUCUAAUGCAAGCUGUAUACUAUGGGAGAAAAUUAGUGGCACGUCUACUCAUAAAUCACAGAGCCGAUGUUUUCAUUCAAGCAAAGGAGGGACACACUGCAUUCGAUCUGGCAUCUAUUAUCGGUGAUACCGAGGUCGUACGAAUUUUGGCAGCUGUGAGCAUGAAAGUACCAAGUAAUAGUAUUGGUAAUCGUAGUCCACAGCACCCGAAUCGCAUUGCACAUAGAAAGCGGCAACGAUCGGUACCCAAGCAGCACAUCACAGUUCUUGACAGCUCGGACGAUGGCACAUUGCUUGUGAAUGGCGAUGAUAAAGGGUCUCAAACACGAUUUCAACAUUGGUGGUCGCGAAUGUCGAGUCGUUUUCGUAAACUCAAACUUGGUCGGAAUCCACCGUCGUCGAAGCAUAUCAACACUAGUGCAGCAGUGGCUUAUGCUGGUCAAUUGGAUGGAGUGGCCGUUUCAGGAGCUCGAGUAUCGAGUAGCAGCUUUAGUCAGUCUAGUCGCAAGAGCAGCAAAUCGAGUGGACAUGAGAGAAAAGUUAGUGGCGGAUCGCACUCAAGGAAGAGUGAGAAAGAUUUUGCUAAUUCGAGUGGCAGCGAGGCUGACUCAGAUGGACGGAGUGCAUCUGCUUCUUAUACGAGAAAGCAUUCCGGUACCGAGCUUGAUUCAAGAGACGGCAGACGCUACAAAGGCUUGGCUCGGCACAUACCAACUGCAAAACAACUUCCGGAGGACGUUCUCGCGCCGAUCAUUCCUCCGUUUUUGCCAGCACCGGCGUUUGAGAUAUCGGCAAGCGGACACGGCGACAACAGCUUGAAGAUCAAGCUACAACGUCCGUCGCGACGUUCAAUAACAUCCGAGGGAGAGUACAAACGGUUAAAGGGCAUGGUUCGACCGUCCAGAUAUCCACGUAGUUCGUCGAAUACAAGCUCGAUCAUCUCGUCUACACAAACUCCGGUGACACACGCGUCUUCCGGCUUCGGGCUAUUACAAGCUCACGGCAAUUUCAGUGAUCCCAAUAACAGUGGAAACAGUGGGGCCGAUAGUUCUACUCUUACGGUUGAGAGUGUGACCUCGCCUGCUACAUCACGGUUUCACGAUGCUGUCUUUAUGGGACCGAGAAUUGCCUCUCGAUCGUCGGUCAGUGGUCCAUAUCCAGUUUCCCACGCUCGCUUUCUUUCGGCUUUGGCUUCUAAUCACUCCCCGGGAUCGUCGAUGAGUUCUACGUUGGUUGCGUCGUCGUCUGCUCAGCAGCGACUCGUUCGAGGUUCGCGUGUUCCGUUGGCUAAUUCGGUCUACAGUUCCGACACGGAGUCAACACUCGUGGCUCAGCAGCAGGUCGCUCACGUGCCGGGUGGCUUUGCAAAGAGAUAUAGUUCCUCAUCGAGUGCAACGUCAAAGAAAGAAGAAGAAGAGUUAGGCUCGAUACUAAAACGACUGUCACUGGAAAAAUAUACAUCAAUAUUUGAAGAGCAAGAGGUCGACAUGGAGGCUUUCCUGACACUUUCAGAUGGCGACCUGAAAGAGUUAGGGAUCUCGAGCACCGAACCACGGCGUCAGAUUCUUGAGGCUAUUGCUCGUCUCAAGAACGAGAAAGGUCGAGAGCGUAAACAACUAAACGAAACGAUAAAAUCGUAUCGGAAAAUGUCGGCGGGUACCGGGCCUCGGAGUCCACUGUUUGAAGCCGGUCUCGGUUGGUAACGCACAGGCAGACAUUAUGUGUACAGUUUUAUUACAUCUGUAAGUAUGUAAAUGUUUGUACCUUGGCAGUGAGACUAAACUCAAAACGUGACUUUAAUAAUAUGGAAACAAAUUGUAUUACUUAAUUAUGUAUGUGGCUCUUAUUCUGGGACACGAGGCUAGAAA